AUGUCGUACGCUGUUGAGUCCAAGAAACGCAAAUUUCACCGGGUUUUGGAGUCUAUCUCCAAGCCUCUGGCGACCGACGGGGCAUCAAAGCUCGCCGCCGCAACGAGCGCGACGGCUACCCAAGACCGAGCCCCCGCGAACCCUUCGAUCAAGAAAGUCCGCUUAAGCACCAACGACACAUCUGAAUUCACAAGCGUACGGAACUCGAUCCUUAAGCCCUCCCGAACGAAAACCAGGACAACAUCUGGGGCCUCAGCUGAGCGACCGACUUUCGUUCCUUGGGACCGGGAACGCUUCCUUGAGCGGCUGGAGACCUUUCGUCGCGUCGAUCGAUGGACAUCAAAACCUUCCCCUAUCAAUGAAGUUCAAUGGGCAAAGCGUGGCUGGAUCUGUACAGAUGUAAUGCGCGUGAGCUGUGUUAGUGGUUGUGGCGGCUCGGUGGUCGUCAAGCUUCCUGAGGAGAUUGACGAGCUCGAUGGAUACGACGCAGAGAAGGUCCAAGAGCGAAAGGAAGUCCGUGCAAAGUUAGUAGAUGAAUACGAGAAGCGAUUAAGCGAAGGGCACGGCGAGAGUUGUCCAUGGCGCAACAAGGCCUGUGAUGCUACCAUUCAACAUCUAGCGUUGACAAACACCGACGCUGCUAUCUCUGGUCUCCAAAGUCGCUAUUCCAAUCUCACUAAUAUGGGUGACAAAUUACCUGCUGCUCACAGUAUACAAACACCGGAAGACUUUGAAUUGGGCGAACUCAUUCAAAAUCUCCCUGAAAGCUGGCCUUCAGACUCGCAUGUGGGUCGAGAGGCAGAGGGUCCGGUGGACGGCGACAACCAAGAAUUAAAUGCCCAACCCGGAGCGGGGUCUUCGCCGACAAUCAACCAUGCGGCACUCACAAUGGCAUUCUUUGGUUGGGAUUCAGAAGCCGAUGGUGCUGCUGGUCUAGUUGGAUGCAAAGCUUGUUUUCGCCGCCUAGGUCUUUGGAUGUACAAACCUCGAGAAAAUGGCGAUGUUACCGUGUACAGUUCUCUCGAUGUGGCCACCGAGCAUAUGGAUUACUGCCCUUGGAUCGAUCGAUUGGCUCAGAGUGGAUCCGGCAAACCGAACGAAAAGCUCGACAGCCUACGCAGUGGAUGGGAAGUUGUUGCUGAAGCCAUCCGGGUGAAGCACCGUCGGCAGAAACGAUCUACAAAAACUGUGGACACCGUCCGUGCCGAGUCGAACACACCCCCAGCUCAGGCCCACCGCGAUGCGAUCGAAGAGAAUGAUGAAACUAAAAAGAAAGCUGACCGAGAGUGGUGGGCUAAGAUCAGGCGUAUGAGACAGGUUUUGACUACCAAGUCCCCACGGCAGAAAUCAACCAACCCGAAAUGA